CAAUUGGAAAUGGCCUUUUUUUGUAGAAUUCAUUUUAAUAAUAAAAUAAUUAUUAAAAUCUUUUAUUAAACAUUUAAUAAUAAUGUAUAUACGUAUUAUUUAUUAAUGUGAAUUUAUUUCAUUAUUUGAGACACACGAAUCAGCUAUGUCGCACAUUAACGACUUAAUAGGUGUAAUGAGAGGUCUCCGGCUUGUGGUGGAGGCAGGUCUUAAAAUCCAGCAAGAACAUACUAAAUUAAUAUGGAAUAACUCAACUAUCAAAUCUCUUAUACAAACAUGCCCAACUAACCCACUCACAGCUUACAAACCAACUCCUGAAGUUGCAAAAGAUCUUUUUGAACGUGCCUUGGUUGUUGCUCAUGGCUUUAGACAGUAUGCUAUUAUGCAUGCACCUAAUAUGGAGUCUGACUUAGAAAAGAGAGCCGAAAUGGAUUCGCAAUUGAAGGAUGAGAUUGAAGAGCUAAAUAGAGAAUUCAACAAGACAUUUGAGAGUUUGAAGAAGGCAGAAGACCUCAAAAUGAGUUCCAUAGCAGUUGAUCAACAGAUAGUAGAUCCACUUGAAAAAGUUAAAGCACAAGCAAAAACGCAGGAAAUAAAGACACAACCUCAAAUACCUUUAACAAAGUCUAAUAUUACUGCUGCUAGUGCUUCUGGUGCCUCCACAUCUACCUCAACAGUACCCAAGCCUGUAGCCAAGAAGAAAAUAAGGGUUUCUUUGAGCGAAAAUUCAAAGGCUCGUGUGGUGCCAUCUUCCCGUAUCGGCCGCAUGAUAUCAUUCGGUUCUUUAGCAGCUGGCCUUGGGGUGGGCACAGUAGCUCAGUAUGCGAGGAACACUAUCCAGUCAGUGACGGGUCACGCCGACGAGUCCGCCAACGCUUUCUUAUCACCUGCCAAUGCUGAGAGGAUUGUUGAUACUCUGUGCAAAGUUAGAGGUGCAGCAUUAAAACUGGGCCAGCUCCUUAGUAUCCAGGACGACACAGUGAUGUCCCCAGAGUUGCAGCGUAUCUUUGAACGGGUCCGACAGUCCGCAGACUUCAUGCCCUCGUGGCAAGUGGAGAAAGUCAUGAGUUCACAACUAGGAGUCGACUGGAGAACCAAAGUCCAGCAUUUUGAGGAAAAACCCUUUGCUGCUGCCAGUAUAGGUCAAGUGCAUUUAGCUAUAUUACACAAUGGUCAAGAGGUGGCUGUCAAAGUUCAGUAUCCAGGGGUGGCCAAGGGUAUCAACAGUGACAUCGACAACCUGGUGGGCGUCAUGAAGGUAUGGAAUAUCUUUCCUAAAGGCAUGUUCAUAGAUAACAUAGUUGAGGUUGCAAAGAAGGAAUUAGCGUGGGAGGUGGACUAUGUUCGAGAGGCUGAAUGCACGAGAAAAUUCAAACGGUUGUUGGCACCAUACCCAGAGUACUUUGUCCCUGAUGUCGUUGGCGAGCUUUGCGCUGCCGAGGUAAUGACCACAGAGUUGAUUGACGGCAUGCCACUGGAUAAGUUGUUCGACGCACCAAUGGAGACUCGGGUGGACAUAGCCUCCAAGAUUAUGAAGCUUUGCCUCCGCGAAAUGUUUGUGUUACGAUGCAUGCAGACUGACCCCAACUGGGCGAAUUUUUUCUACAACGUCAACACUAAACAGGUUAUCCUUCUCGACUUUGGCGCCACUCGGGAAUACUCAAAGGAGUUCAUGGAUCAAUACAUCGAGAUCAUCAAGGCGGCAUCCGAAGGCGACAGAGGCGCUAUCUUACGGAAGUCGCUGGAAAUGAAGUUUCUUACUGGAUACGAGUCAAAGAUCAUGGAGGAAACCCACAUAGACACCGUCAUGAUUAUGGGCGAGGUCUUCACCAGCGAAGGUACCGGAGAAUUCGACUUUGGUGCGCAAAAGACAACGAGACGCAUACAAGCAUUAGUACCGACCAUACUGACCCACCGCCUCUGCCCACCCCCCGAAGAGAUAUACUCCUUACACAGAAAGUUAUCGGGCGUCUUCUUACUUUGUUCUAAGAUGAAAGUCAAAAUGAAUUGCAGGGAUAUGUUUAAUGAGAUUUAUGAACAAUACAAAAGCAACAUUGUUAGGUAAUGAAUAAGGUCCAAUCGAAUUUUACUAAUAUUCAUAUAUUUAUACGAUGAAGAUUAAAAGUAAGUUAUUAAUUGCAAAUAAUUAUUAUAGAAAUAUUAUUAAAAUGUGAUAAUUAUAUAAAAAUGUUUGUGUGAGUGAAAAAAAAAAUAAAAUGCAUACAGUGUUUGAACCAGAACAGUGUUAUUGUAAGUCGAGUUUUAUUAAAAUAAUUAAAAAGCAGAAAAUAUAAUCUGUUGAUUAAUGACUAACGUGAGUCAGACUGUAUUGUUAUUACUUAUAUCGGCUUUUAUAAUCCAUUGUCCAUCAAGGUUUGAGUGAGUGGACAUUGAGUUUGUGUACAUCGUCUUAGGCCACGUCAUAAAUUUACAUCAGGCGAGAUUUUGGUCAAACAUUCAAAUUUCAUAACAAAAUAUCUCUUUAAAUAAGCAAUAAUAGUAAAAUUCUCUAAUGGGGGAGGAUUGUGUUCGUAAGUGGACAGUAAACGGCUGAUAUAAUGAUGAUUUUCAUAUUUUAAUAAUAUUUAAGAAGAAAUAAUAAAAUCAGUUAACAUAAAGCAUUUUAAC